GUCUGUGUGUGUCUGAGGGAGAGCGAGCGAGAGUGAGUGAGUGUGAGUGCGGGCUCGGGUGGUGGCCGUUAAACGUUCGGCGGAGCGGCUUAAAGCAGCGGAGAAGAAGAGAAACAACGUCGGGGUGCUUCCGCCCCCGCUUAGGUAGAAGGAGGAGCUGGUGGGGACAAGAAAGUGAUUCGUCCUGGGCCUGGACUUUACCGAGUCUGGCCGGUGCGGGUCUGAGCUAUGAACCUUUGAGGGUCGCUUGGGACGCCGAGAGAGACACGAGAGCCGAGAGCUAUGUCUCAGCCGCCGCCGCCACCCCCGCUGCCGCCGCCGCCUCCUCCCCCUGAGGCUUCUCAGACUCCGCCGCCCCUGGCGGCUGCUGCGGCGGCUGCUCCGGGGGGGCUCUCGAAACGGAGAGACCGGAGAAUCCUAUCCGGGAGCUGCCCGGAUCCGAAGUGCCAGGCGCGUUUAUUCUUCCCGGCCUCCGGUUCCGUCAGCAUCGAGUGUACCGAGUGCGGACAGCGGCAUGAGCAGCAGCAGCUGCUGGGGGUGGAGGAGGUGACCGACCCGGACGUAGUACUACAUAACCUGCUGCGGAACGCGCUGCUCGGGGUGACAGGGGCACCCAAGAAGAACACGGAACUGGUAAAGGUGAUGGGCCUUUCCAACUACCACUGCAAAUUGUUGUCGCCCAUAUUAGCUCGCUAUGGAAUGGACAAACAGACGGGCCGGGCUAAGCUUCUCCGGGACAUGAACCAGGGCGAACUGUUCGAUUGCGCUUUACUGGGUGACCGCGCCUUCCUCAUCGAACCAGAGCAUGUUAACACAGUGGGCUAUGGCAAGGACCGCUCUGGAAGCCUCCUGUAUUUGCACGACACUCUUGAGGACAUCAAGCGGGCCAAUAAAAGUCAGGAAUGCCUCAUUCCAGUGCAUGUGGACGGAGAUGGACACUGCUUGGUGCAUGCUGUGUCCCGGGCGCUAGUAGGCCGGGAGCUCUUCUGGCACGCUUUGAGAGAGAAUCUUAAACAGCACUUUCAGCAGCACCUGGCCCGGUAUCAAGCCCUGUUCCAUGACUUCAUAGAUGCUGCUGAGUGGGAGGACAUUAUCAAUGAGUGUGACCCUCUGUUUGUACCACCUGAAGGUGUCCCCUUGGGCCUGAGGAACAUCCACAUAUUUGGCCUUGCCAAUGUGUUACAUCGCCCUAUUAUUCUCUUAGAUUCCCUCAGUGGCAUGAGAAGCUCUGGUGAUUAUUCAGCUACCUUUCUGCCUGGGCUCAUCCCUGCAGAGAAGUGCACUGGGAAGGAUGGACAUUUGAACAAACCAAUCUGUAUUGCAUGGAGUAGCUCUGGUAGAAACCAUUAUAUUCCCUUGGUAGGCAUAAAAGGGGCUGCUUUGCCUAAACUGCCAAUGACUUUGCUUCCUAAAGCGUGGGGUGUGCCUCAGGACCUUAUUAAAAAGUACAUCAAACUUGAGGAGGAUGGUGGUUGUGUUAUUGGAGGAGACAGAAGUUUGCAGGAUAAAUACUUACUUAGGCUUGUUGCUGCUAUGGAAGAAGUCUUUAUGGACAAACAUGGUAUCCAUCCUAGUUUGGUUGCUGAUGUCCAUCAGUAUUUCUACAGGAGGACUGGGGUGAUAGGAGUUCAGCCUGAAGAAGUCACAGCAGCUGCUAAAAAAGCAGUACUGGAUAAUCGCCUUCACAAAUGUUUGCUCUGUGGUGCCCUUUCUGAACUUCAUGUUCCUCCAGAGUGGCUGGCUCCAGGAGGGAAACUGUAUAACCUGGCAAAAAGUACUCAUGGACAGCUGAGGCCUGACAAAAAUUAUAGCUUUCCCUUGAACAAUUUGGUUUGCUCAUAUGAUUCAGUGAAAGAUGUUCUUGUACCAGACUACGGAUUGAGUAACCUAACAGCUUGUAAUUGGUGCCAUGGCACAUCUGUGCGAAGGGUCAGAGGAGAUGGGUCUAUUGUGUAUUUGGAUGGGGACAGAACUAAUUCUAGGUCCACUGGUGGCAAAUGUGGUUGUGGAUUCAAACAUUUUUGGGAUGGUAAGGAGUAUGACAAUCUACCGGAAGCUUUUCCUAUUACUUUGGAAUGGGGUGGAAGAGUGGUCAGAGAAACAGUAUAUUGGUUCCAGUAUGAAAGCGAUUCAUCUUUGAAUAGUAAUGUUUAUGAUGUUGCAAUGAAACUUGUUACCAAGCACUUUCCAGGUGAAUUUGGGAGUGAAAUCCUAGUUCAGAAAGUUGUCCACACUAUAUUGCAUCAGACUGCCAAAAAGAAUCCUGAUGAGUAUACUCCUGUAAAUAUAGAUGGUGCUCAUGCCCAAAGAGUUGGAGAUGUACAAGGACAGGAGUCAGAGUCUCAGCUCCCAACUAAAAUUAUUCUUACUGGACAGAAAACAAAAACUUUGCACAAGGAGGAGUUAAACAUGAGUAAAACUGAAAGAACUAUCCAACAGAAUAUUACAGAACAAUCAUCUGUAAUGCAGAGACGGAAAACAGAGAAGCUAAAACAAGAACAAAAAGGGCAACCCAAGACUGUUUCUCCCAGUACCAUUCGCGAUGGUCCAUCCUCUGCACCUGCUACCCCUACCAAGGCCCCCUAUUCACCAUCAACUUCUAAAGAGAAGAAGAUCCGAAUAACAACUAAUGAUGGGCGACAGUCCAUGGUUACACUUAAGUCUUCAACAACUUUUUUUGAACUUCAGGAAAGCAUAGCCAGAGAAUUUAACAUUCCUCCAUAUUUACAGUGUAUUCGAUAUGGCUUUCCUCCUAAAGAGUUAUUGCCACCCCAAGCAGGAAUGGAAAAGGAGCCAGUUCCUUUACAGCAUGGUGACAGGAUUACAAUAGAGAUUCUAAAAAGUAAAGCAGAAGGUGGUCAGGCCGCUGCAGCACACUCGAUGCAGGCUGUGAAACAAGAGGAGAUUGCUGUUACUGGUAAACUGUCAUCUAAGGAACUUCAGGAGCAAGCUGACAAAGACAUGUACUCCUUGUGUCUUUUUGCAACAUUAAUGGGAGAAGAUGUAUGGUCUUAUGCAAAGGGGGUUCCUCACAUGUUCCAGCAGGGUGGUGUAUUCUACAAUAUUAUGAAGAAAACCAUGGGUAUGGCUGAUGGCAAGCAUUGUACUUUUCCACAUCUGCCUGGCAAAACCUUUGUCUAUAAUGCUUCUGAAGAUAGACUGGAAUUGUGUGUGGAUGCUGCAGGACAUUUCCCCAUUGGUCCUAAUGUUGAAGAUUUAGUUAAAGAGGCUGUAAGUCAGGUUCGAGCAGAGGCUACUACAAGAAGUAGGGAAUCAAGUCCCUCACAUGGGCUAUUGAAACUAGGUAGUGGUGGAGUAGUGAAAAAGAAAUCUGAGCAACUUCAUAAUGUAACUGCCUUUCAGGGAAAAGGGCAUUCUCUAGGAACUGCGUCCAGUAACCUACACCUUGAUCCAAGAGCUAGGGAAGCUCCAGUUGUAAGGAAGCAUAACACGGGGACAGACUUUAGUAAUAGUUCCAUUAAAACAGAGCCUUCUGUAUUUACAGCUGCUCCUGGUAACAGUGAGCUUAUUCGAAUAGCUCCUGGAGUAGUUACAAUGAGAGAAAGCAGGCAGCUGAAUCCUGAUGUGGUUGAGGCCCAAAGAAAAAAGUUGCAGGAAAUGGUUUCUUCUAUUCAGGCUUCUAUGGACAAACACUUGCGGGAUCAAAGUACGGAGCAGUCACCAUCUGAUCUUCCUCAAAGGAAAGUAGAAGUUGUGAGUUCUUCUGUGAAGUCUGGUAGUCUUCAGACUGGCUUAUGUGAAUCUUUUUCUUUAACUGGUGGCACUGAAAAUAUGAAUACAGUAACAACUGAUAGCUGUGUGACAGAGGCACUGGGAGCAGCAUUUGCCACAAGGUCAAAAGCACAAAAAGGGAAUUCUGUGGAGGAGCCUGAAGAGAUGGAUAGUCAAGAUGCUGAGAUGACAAACACAAUUGAGCCAAUGGAUCACUCUUGAUUUAAUUAGAAGUAUGUAAUAUUUGUUGACUGGGCCACAUAACUUGAUUAGUCAUUAAAAAUCUUGUACGUAUGUAAUUCAAAGAUUUUAUCUUGUUAUUCAGUGCAUGAUAGCAAGUGUGUGACUGGCAAUAGCUUUUAAUAUACCCACUGCCCAGGCUGGCUCUGUUUUCCUAUAAUUAGUUAUUAGAUCUGCUGAGAUGAGUUUCUUCCAUAUAUGUGGUUCAUUGGAAGUUCUUUGUCAUUUUAAUUCCAUGAAAGUCUUAAUGUUCAACCUUGAAAAUUCUCUUGUUAAAUAUGUUUGAUUUCUGAAAAGGCUAGAGCUGGGGGGGAAUAUUUUGCUAAUGGUGAUGUCAACAGAGUAAACCACAUAUUUAUUAGUGUGUCAAAAGAUGUAUGUAAAUCUGAAGGUUAUCUGAACUAAAUUGUAUCUUAAAAUUCAUAAACGGGUUUAUUAGACACUGAGAUCUUGACAUUUCCAUGAACAUAAACACAUUCAUAGAGAUGUAUUCUUGGUGAAAUAUCUUGAGGAUACAGUGUUAUAAUACACAUUUUGCUGGUUUGAUCAAGGUUGGGGGAAAAUAAUCUAUUCUAGAAUGAUAAAGUCAAUGUGAUUAAGUAAUGUUGCUGUCUGAGCCAAAAUAGCCAAUUGGGUGCUCUGUUGAUAAUAUGUUACCAUUAUUUUUUGAAUCCUGUCCUGGUCAAGUCCACUGAAUUUUUUUUUCUUUAAUCUUGCAGAAAAAUUGAUUUCAAAGUGUGGUAAAAAAUAUAAAAAUAAUGGUAGCAGUAGUUAAUCUCUAAUUUGUAGAGUUCAUCAGAUUCACAUUUUAUAAGAAUGUAUCUUUAUGAAUGAGUUACAUUGUUCUGCAUUUUUGAUCAGUGAUAUUUAAGCUUGUAAAUGCUAAGUGUCUUUGAACCAAAAAUGUUUCCUUUUCUUAAAAUCCAUGAGAUUUUCUUUAUUUGUUGGCUUCACUUGAAUUUGGAUGCAAAUUUCACUGCAUCAUACCCUGAUCAACCUGGGCAUUUGCUUAAAUACUGUGUUCAUCAAAUCUUUAGUGCCAGUUUUCCACAAGCAGCUUUCAUGCUUAUUCCUUAAAGAUAAAGAAUGUUUAUUCUGGGAUUGGUGUUGCACUAUUUUAUCCUAUUCUGCAAAUCUGUAUUCUGAAAUGUACAUUUCAAUCCAUCUUUUUCCUCUGUCCAUUGAAAUUAAGUUGAAUUCGAAUGGAUGAAAGGCAAAAUAUGUUAAUACAAUCUCUUAUUUAGAGCAUUCAAAGCCUGGCUGUCUCUAUUUGCACAUGUUACAGAUGCAGAACUGUGGUUGCAUUCUAGGGAAAUAUAUGUUAGAAAAUACAUUAUCAGGUGUUUAAAGAUCUCAACCUGUUGAUUCAUAAGGAAUAUAGACAGUACUUCAACUUGUGUUUUCAAAUAAGGGAGGUUUUCGUUUUCUUUCUAUGAAAGUGUUACUGAAUCCAUUUAUUAAAUAAACUACUCCAUUUUGAAGAAGGAAAGAAUGGAGAAUCUAGACAUUCUGCAGGUGGUAACUGAGCAAGAUACAUAUUUGGGUUACUUUUAUCACAUCACAUUUUUUAAACCAUAUUUUAUCUUUGUUCUAAAUUUACUUUCAAGUAUUUUUCUCUAUUAAAUAGCAGGAAAAUUUAGAACUUUUACAUUUAUACUAGUUUUGCAUAAAGAACUUCAGCUACCAAAUAAUAUUUCCCAUUUAGUUAUUAUAGGUUGCUUCUGUGUAUUGUACUAAAAAUUACAAAUAUCACUAACCACUAUAAUUAUUUUUGGCUUUUACAGCCACUGAAACAUGCCUUUAAAAUUUAAAUACAGAUGAACUGUUAACAAGCAAAUGCACUGCUUCCAGGUAAAUUAUAAUCACCUUUUCUUUAACAAAUAUUUUCUUCACCUGUGGCUUGGUAUGUUUAGUUAAUAACGGACAAAUAUAUUCUUACAGCAUAAAGUAAAAAUACCAGAAGCAAAUUUUAUCUCUAUUAUAUAAAUUCAAAUUAGAAUGCACCUGUGAACAUAAGCAGGGCUUCAUCUCUGCCACACUAUUAAUUUCUUUUUUCACAGCAAUGUUAUUUAGAAGCCAGUUAGGUAUGCAUAUUAUAAUAGUUUGGGUUCUCCCUUAAAAAAGGAAAGGGUUGAUUCUGAUAAUGGCCAGAUUUCCUGAAAUUAUUUUAAAUCAGCUUAAAUUAGGUUGGGGUAAUUAAUAGUUUUUGAGAAGUGGGUCAGGUAUCAUUUUCACAAAGAAGUGUUAGAAUUUCUUUUAGUUCUUAAUUAUCAUCUUUGUCCUUUCACAUGCUUCUCAUAAUCAAAUACAUGACUGUAGAGUGAUUAUUUUUAGUACUAUUUGUGAUCACCACAAAUUGGAGUUCAAGCUAGAGAUCGUAAGUCUAAAAUACUUUUUUAGCCCUUGAUUCUUACCUAUAUAAAAUUCAGUCCUAUAAUUCUAUUUGUAGUGUUUCACUGAAAAUCAAGUAAAAUCCUAAAUUUUUUUCUUCAGUAAUCAAUUUUCUAGUUAAUCAUACCAAGUCUGAAUUAAUGACCCAAAGUCCAGGUAGAGUUAGAGGUGGUGUAUGUCUAGAAAACUGGUACUGAGAAACUGGUUGAAAUGGAAGAAAACAAGAUACUGCCAAAUAUUAAGAGCUAGAACUCCACGAGAAUAAUUACUCAGGAAUUAGUUAAAGAGCAAGCUCAAGGCCAGUUUCUCCCCUUUGACUAUAUUUCAGUUAUUCUAUUGGAAAAUGUGAGAGAAAGUCCUGAGAAAUUUAGCAAAUGCUAUUGACUGUGAAAUUUGCUUUAUAUUUAAACAUCUUUAGUUUGGAUUUUAAAAUCACACCUACUGCUUGCAAUUAAGAUACCAAUCUGAAAUACAUUUGUGAUUCCCAGCCACAGGUCCUUAUUGCCAUUAUUUUUAAGUAUCUAACUAUAUUGGAAAUAAGCAGACUUGUGCAUAUGUUCUCUUACUCAGGGAAGAUCACUUGGUGGUAACUCAUAUACUACUAAUGACAGGUUGUUGAGAAUUGUAUUGACACCACAUGUUAGCUACUGAAUGCAAAAUUUAUAACAGUAUUAUUUUAUGUAGUUACCUACUAAUACUGGCUGCUAGUGAACAUUUCUCUAACAAAUUAGGCCUAACAACUAACCUUUAGGUAUGUGGUAAACUUGGAACUUCUGUUAUUAAUUACACUUUGGCCAAUAUAGUGACAAUAGUUUAUUUCAGAAUAUCAGUACAGUAUUAUCUUCAUUUUUCAGGAAUUUUAAUUGGCCAAUAUUUAAAAUACUGCAGAGCAUAUUUUGAGAGUCUCAUGGUUCUCAAAACAAGAUUUCCAUAUUAAGUUUUUCAUAAAAGCUUUUGCAAAACCAAAUUAAACUCCGCUCUAUGAAUUUAGAAUGACCUUUUAUAACAGUAGUAGUGAGAUACAUACUGUAAGUUGGGUAGACAUCCUACAUUUCAAGGUUAUCAUAUAAUUUAACAAAAUUGUAAAUAAAGGCUCUUCAUGUUUAAAUUAGAAGUUAAUUUUUCAGAUCAGAACUACUCACUUGAGAACAUACCAUAGUAGAAUGUUUACUUAAGAAAUAAAAUAAUAAAGGGGAGCUUUCUCCCAAUGUAAGAUUUAUAGUUAAUUGUAAGUUCUGCCACUCUUAAUAAUUCUUUGAGAUGCUAAGUGUUUCAAUUCAUAUUUAAUGAUACUUAAAUUGGAAUUUUAACAUUUUGUUCCAAAAUAGCAGAAAUUGUAAAGAUUUGUGAAUUAUUGGAGAAAAUGCCAUUCCUUGUAUAUCUGAAUUUAAUUUUUUAAAUUAUGGAGUCUACAUGCUUUUGUAGUAUAAUAUUAAUACAAUGACUAUUCUCUUGUAAAAGGAAAACUAGUAAAAAGUUUUAGUUGAUGUUAUCUGCUUGUGAGUAUCAAUUACUUAGUAUUUAAAAUUCUAAAGUAUUGCAUACUUCUCUUUAGAAUGCACAAAUCCCUUCAUGAGCCUUUAUGCCUGUGGUAGAGCAAUAAAAGAUUGAAAAGUUUAUCAAUAUUUUCAGAUUUAUUUGUCUAAGAAUUAGUGCCAAGAGCUGGAGAGUCUACUUUGGGGAGGGAAAUGCUUUUUAGAAUAUGUAAAAAUAAGUGGUAAUAGUGUAAAUGUUUAGAAAAAAUUAAAUAGCAAGUGCUUUACCUGCUCAAUAAAAUAGUAUAAAUGUUGUAUUAUCCCACAGGCCCUGGCUGUUACCCAUUAUUUUCUGAUUUUGUGGUUGCUGUCUAUAUUACAUUUGACUAAUAAGUAAUUGGUAAUAGUGUAUUACAACUGUAUAGUGUUCCUAUAGCUUACUUCACUGUACAGUAUUUUUAAUUUUCUUUUAUGUCAAUAAUAAAAUUAAUACAUACUGAUUUGCCCCUCAACUUUUCCACAUUAGCUUUUUAAAAUAAGUUUUUAUUAUUUAGUUUCCUGGAAUUAUACCUUAAUGUUAUAAUGCAUGAAGAUAUAGUUCAGUUUUAUAAAGGAAUUGUUAGUGUAAUAAGGUUUUUUUAACUUCCUUAAGAGGACUAUCAUAUAGAGAUAGUCAUUACUUUAAUGCAGAUGUCAAUGCAAAUGAAAUAAAUCCAAUUAGAAAAGAGCAAAAUUCUUUUAGAUAUAUUACAUAAUUGGAUCAUGUAAUGCUUAUUGAAUAUUUCAAGAUAACAUGUUUUAAUAAGAACUUGGUGUGCUAGUUUCUUAAAAAAUAAUAGAGAUAAUGAAAUGAGAAAUACAGAAGGUGGUACUAAAUUACAUUUGCAUAACAGCAAUCAACAUGACAUACUUACUCUUACAUUUUAAUAUAUAUGCUUAAUAUCUAUUUUGUUAGACUGUUCAAUUUAGUAGUUGGAGCACAGCUUCCAACACCAGACUUCUAGAGCUAAGUCCUGGCACACUGCUUACUCUGACCUGUCUGCAUCCAUUUCUUCUCUGGGAAUAUGCUAAGGCUUGGGUGUUGCUGAGUAUUAAAUGAGUUAACCCAUAUCUUACAGUGCCUGACAUACAGUAAGCAUUCAAAUGUUUGCUAUUGUUAUAAUUUAUCAAAGUGAUAGAGCUCACUUGCAAUUUAUGUGAGAUAAAUCCUCAUAUAUAAUGCACACGUUUAAAUAAUUUGUUAUGUUAUAAUUUGCUUUAUUGUUGGUGUAUAAUGAAUGAGGUAAAACCUCAGUGGUUGUUAUGUUCAAAUAUUUAUGCAAGAGCUUUGUGACCAUGUGCAGUACUGACAGUCGGUGUGCUCUGUGACUCACUUGUUCUGUGACCUAAGGCAAGUCAUGGACCCUUUCAAGGCCUCGUUUCUGCUAUAACCUGUGGUUCUACAGUUGUUAACCCUCUUGUUCUGCUGACCAUGUAUCAUCAUGGUCUCACUUGCUGACUGGACAAGUGAUCUGGAUAUGAGCCCCACGUAAACUAAACAUAAUUAGCUUUGCUUUAUGCUUUGCCUACACUUGCCCCAAAUGUGGACUUGAGGUCUUGUACAUGCAUGCCACUGGUCACAUACCACAUAGUUUGGAGCUGUCAAAAACUCUUCAGUGAAUAAAAAGAAAAACAUGA